AUGCUGACUACCGGCUUUGUGACGGCGCUCUUUUCCGACGAUGAGCGCGACGCCAUAAUUGAACGUAUUUGGCCAGUGGCCGAGGCAUUUUACCGCCAGCAGGAGUUGGCUAUGACCAAUGCCGUAGUAUGUGCUGGUGCUACUCCAAGCGCUGGUGGCCCCGUAUUGUCUGCAGCUUCGGUUGGCGGAGUCUCAACAUUCACAGUUUCGCCGUCUGCCCAGCCAGCUACUCCACCAAUCGGAUCUGGUGUCGGGGGGACUCAAAUGGCCAUUUUUUCAGCGUCAACAGCCACAGUAGCAGGGGUCGGUCCUGGCCUGCAUGCACCACCGAAUACUACUUCUCAUAGUGCUGCUGCUGUUGGUGGUGGUGGAACAAUUUCCGGACUGACGGCUGCCGCCGAAACGACAAAACCUGGAGGAGGGGGACCUAGAAGCGUGCCUAUUACCAAAGAAACUGUAUGGAAAUAUUUCCGUGCCUGCUGCUCUGCUCGCCUUCAUAUUGUUCUGGCAAUGAGUCCAGUAGGACCUAGUCUACGCAAUCGGUGCCGUGACUUCCCUGGUAUCGUCAAUUGUACAACAAUAGACUGGUUCUUCCCCUGGCCAGAGCAGGCGUUGUAUGCAGUGGCAUGCUCAUUGAUCGACCCCAAGGUGACCUAA